AUGUCAACCAUUGCCCCCGUACAACCACCGCCAGCGGAAACUUUUCAUGACACGUCUGAGUUUGUUCGUGACCGUGAUGUUACGGGUACGUUAAUUAAAUCACAUAGUGAAGCAGAUGACGAGUUUGGCUUGGAGUUGGAAUUAACAAUUGAAGAUCUAUUUGCUCUUGAUGAACUUGAACGUGAAGAGUUGCAAAAAUGGGACAAAAAGGCAAAGCAGGGCAAUAAAUCAGCACCCGAAUCCCUCUCACCAAUAGCCGAAGAUCAGCAGUCAACAGUAACAGAUGCCGCUCAUAUAUCCGUUAGGAGUGAGAAGGAGGAUCAAACUCCGUCUCAAAUAACCCUUGCACAGCUUCGUGAAGUUGCUUUGCGCUCACAGCGCCAGCCAUUUUUUACCCCAUAUGCUACAUACGAGGAUAGCGAAACGGAUGAUGAUGCAGACAUUAGUGAUUGUGAAGACGAGCCCGGGAAACAAAAACAAGAGCCUUCUAAGCCAAAUGCGAAAGAGAAGCAAUCAGCCACUAAUCUACGCAAAGCACGGCAGAAAGCGUAG